GGAAGAAGUGGGACAGUCGCUCAUGAGCAUCAAAGAAGAUUCUCUGUCCUCAGUCUGAAUUUCUGUUUAGAAAAGAAGCACAAAGUGUUCCCUUCCAGACCACUCAUCCUUGGUGGCAGCUUUUGGGUGUGCUGGAAGCAAACUGCAUGUAUCCUCCCUGCUCUGUGCUCCUGGCUUGACCCAGAGGGCAAGAAGAAAUGAUGGCGUUGACACCCAAUAGGACUGGGGUGCUCAUGCACUUCUGUUGCUAAACCCCUUUUUACUACCCCCCUUUCUCUUUCCUCUGCCCCUAAUUUUCCUUUUGCUGUGGUCCUGGAAUUCGUAUUUUUUGUUACUUUUUUUUACUUUUUUUCUUUUUCUUUUUUUUUUUUGGCCUGAUGAGGGCACCACUGCAGACCAUGAUGUGCCUGGGGUUGUGGGCAGCUGCCUUGCUCUGCUUGUUUUCCCCCGGCACUGUGCGAGGUGACUGCUGGCUGAUCGAGGGGGACAAAGGUUAUGUGUGGCUGGCCAUCUGCAGCCAGAACCAGCCCCCAUAUGAGACCAUCCCCCAGCACAUCAACAGCACGGUGCAUGACUUGCGUCUGAACGAGAAUAAGCUCAAAGUGGUGCUGUACUCCUCCCUCAACCGCUUCGGCAACCUGACCGACCUGAACCUGACCAAGAACGAGAUCUCCUAUAUUGAGGAUGGGGCUUUCAUGGGCCAGACAAACCUCCAGGUCUUGCAGCUGGGCUACAACAAACUCACAAAUCUGACAGAGGGCAUGUUGAGGGGCAUGGCCCGGCUCCAGUUCCUAUUCGUGCAGCACAACCUGAUAGAGCUGGUCACCCCUACUGCCUUCUCUGAGUGCCCCAGCCUGAUUAGCAUCGACCUGUCGUCGAACCGUCUCAGCCGCCUGGAAGGCAACACUUUCACCAGCUUGAGCAAUCUGAUGGUGUGUGAGCUGGCGGGCAACCCCUUCAACUGUGACUGUAGCCUCUACAGCUUUCUUAACUGGCUGGCUCUCUUCAACAACGUCACCAAGAACUAUGACCGGCUCCAGUGUGAGACGCCGCGGGAGUUUGCUGGGUACCCGCUCCUGGUACCUCGGCCUCACCACAACCGCAAUGCCAUCACCAUCUUCCAGUCCAUGUGCAGAGGUGGCACCAUCCCCUCUCUCUCCAGGGUUAACCCCACCCCUUAUACCCCCGACUCCCAGCGAGACUUGGAUGAGGGCUCAGCCAUCAGCCCUGGGGACUUCCUCUCUGUCAAGCCUCCAGCCUCCUCCACCACUGACUCCUCCUUCAGUCCCAGCAUCAAGCUCCACGAUGUCACCAUCACCUCAGCCAUCCUGAUGGUAACCAUCCCCAUGCCCUACAGUAAGAUGUAUGUGCUGGUCCAAUACAACAACAGCUACGUUUCUGACAUUGCGACACUGAAGAGCAAGAAGGAAUAUGUCACUGUCAACAAGUUGAAGGCCCACACUGAUUACACUUUCUGUGUGGCCUCCAUCCGCAACAACAGGCGCUACAACCACACUUGCCUGACCUUUGCAACCAGGAGCAAAGGCAGGGAGGACCCCAUUUCCAGUACUUCCACCACCACACACUAUAUCAUGACCACCCUGGGUUGCCUCUUUGGGAUGGUCAUUGUCCUGGGGGUGGUGUACUACUGCCUGCGGAAGCGGAGGAUGCAGGAAGAGAAACAGAAGUCCCUCAAUGUCAAAAAGACCAUCCUGGAAAUGCGUUAUGGGUCAGAUAUUGAUACCAGUACCAUGGUCCAUCCUUCCCAGAAACUGGGUGAGCCACCAGUGAUCCCUGUCUCACGGAUGUCCUCCAUCCCUUCCAUGAUUGGGGAGAAGUUACCCCCACCAAAGUCAAUGGAGGCUGGUAUGGAGACCCCCAAAGUCACCACUAAAGGCAACUACAUUGAGGUGCGGACUGGUGGUGGGGAUGGUCUGGAACGGACCCAGCGGGAUGAGGACCUGAGGGAGCUUGACAAUGGGCAAGGCUCAGCUGCUGAGAUCUCUACUAUUGCCAAGGAGGUAGACAAGGUCAACCAGAUCAUCAACAACUGUAUUGAUGCCCUCAAGCUGGACACGGCCUCUUUCUUGGGUGGUGGGACUGGCGUAGACUCAGACAUGGCCUUUGAGUGCCAGUCCAUACCUGCCAGUUCCUCGGGUGGGCUAGAGCGGCCCAGCUUUCUUUCCCCACCCUACAAGGAAAGUUCCCACCACCCUUUGCAGCGCCAGCUCAGUGCUGAUGCUGCCGUGGCCAGAAAGACCUGCAGCGUCUCCUCCAGUGGCUCCAUCAAGAGCGCCAAGGUCUUCAGCCUGGAUGUGCCUGACCACCCACCACUGAGCAAGUCUGACUCCAAAUACAUUGAGAAGGGCAGCCCACUCAACAGCCCUUUGGAUCGUCUUCCCUUGGUGUCCCCGGGCGCCAUCCACCACUUGGAGGUCAAGCCUUCGUACCACUGCAGUGAGCACCGACACUCCUUCCCGGCCCUGUACUACGAGGAAAGUGCUGACACCUUGAGCCAGCGCGUGUCGUUCCUCAAGCCACUCUCCCGCUCGAAGCGAGACUCCACGUAUUCCCAGCUCUCCCCCAGACACUACUUCUCGGGUUACUCCUCCAGCCCUGAGUACUCAUCGGAGAGCACCCACAAGAUCUGGGAGCGAUUCCGGCCUUACAAGAAGCACCACAGGGAGGAGGUUUACAUGGCGGCUGGGCAUGCCCUGCGGAAGAAAGUUCAGUUUGCCAAGGACGAGGAUCUGCAUGACAUCCUGGAUUACUGGAAAGGAGUCUCUGCUCAGCAGAAGCUGUGACUCUCCCCGUAUUCUUUUCCUAAGGAACAAUACAAACAAGACCCCCCCCCACAACCAGAAAAAAAAUGCCCCUUGACUGUGAAAAAUAAACCAACAACAAAAUACUCCCGACAAAUACAAACUGACAGAAUUGUUUCUUAAAGUGUUACAACACAGAAAAACUCUCCACACACAGACACACACACAUAUGCCGAAUUGUCUCUACUGUGUUACGGGGACCAUUGUUCUGCCUGCAGAUGGUUGGGAGGAGAGUCCUGCUCUGACACUGUGGUAACAAACACUGGAGUGCGGUGUGGGUGCACUGGGAGGGGGUGGCAGUGGUGGCAGGGGAUGGGCAGGGACAGACACUCACCGGGCAUGGAACUCAGCUGUGAACUAUUGCUCUUUCUGUUCCUCUUGCUGCUUGAGAGAUGAUUUUUUGUUUUAGUGGGAGGGAGAACUUCGGUUUAGAGAGCUUCUCUGCCCACUUCCUACACCUACUUUUCCAAAUUUCUGUCACAUUAGUUUCCCCCCCCCCCCCCCCCCCCAUAUCCUUUGGCAGUCGAGGCUUUUCUCUCUCUUCUGUCCCUUUGCCAAGUUAGGUGGGAUUUGUUGGAAGAAGUUCUCUCACUCCUUUUCCUUUUCCUCUUCCCUACCCCAUCUCCCUAGGCUUGCACUUUUUGUCUAGAUAUUUCAGGAACCUCCAUCAUCCUCAGAGGAAGGAGAGUGUGAUGGACAGGAGGUAGACUUGCCACACAACAGGCUCUGUGACCUUGCUGCUCUCCCCUCUCCCCUUCUCCCACCAUGCUAUUGAUGUUGAACACCAGUGAUCCUGGAGUGAUAGGCCUGCUUAGAGCCAGUUAUCUGCCAGUCCUGAGGGGGUAUGUCUGUGCUCUUUUGCACAUCAAAUCAGGUCCUCAAGGAAAUGUAGAUGAGGAGUCAUGAAGGUCUAGUCUUUCAGAGGUGCAAAGGGUUCCCAUGUCUUCAUGGGUGUCAGUCAUAGGUCAUGGGUCCUAUCAUUUCCCACCAUGCACACCCAUGCUGAGGCUGACCUGAGGAGUAGGUUUGGUACACUGCUUUACCUCCCUUACGAUGAGGAAGGACCUGGAAAGGAGCUAAGCAGAACAACUUGUAUGUGAAACUUCUGCAGUUCUUCCCAGCUGACUUGCAUCAUGUUGGGAGAGGGGGUAGAAGAGCAUCAGGACAUCCUCCUUGCUUUCCUCAGGAGAGCUGAGUGCAAAAAUAGGGUUUCUAUUGCUUAGAAAGCACUGGUGUUCAUAGGAAAAGACACCGAGUGGCUUCCACUUGCAUAGGCCAUGGAUACUUUGGCAUGAUAGGAGGAUAGCAUAGGGUGAAGGCAAAAGCACAGGAAAUAAAAGGGAUGUGAGAGUGGGCCUGGGAGCAGCCCAGUAAGGUUGGCUCCAAGAGAAGCUCCCUUUGUGUGUGCAGCCAUAUGGUAUGCUGGAUAGAGGAUGCUGGCCUCUGGAUAGCAGUGUUCCUCUGAAUACUUAAGAGCCCUUAAUACUUAAGAGUCAGAACAAACUUACCACCUCCUAAAUCCUCCACCUCCUCACAGUUAGCGGUGACAGACUUUUCUUAGGGACUCUUUAACAUCUUGUCAAAAAACCCACAAGUUUUCCUUGCUAGGUCCCAGCCUCUCUCCCUUGGAUAAAAGAGCUGCCACAGUGUUGGGAAUGAGCAUAUUGCCCUCUCCACUUCAUCCUGUUUCUGAGCAGCCCAACAAAGCACAAUCGUGGCACCCUCUCUCCCAGAGUUUCCUUGUCAGGCAGGGGUGGCUGCCUGCUGAGUGCAUCUUUAGUGCAUUUUUUAUGCAGCACUGUGGGCUUCCUCUCCAUGAGCUGCACACCCCAAUCGCUCUUGACUAUCGUUCACACCUACCAGGAUGAGAGUGAGGGCCUGUGCUGUGUUGGCCUUUCCCAAGUGGCUAUUUCCUUUCUGAGGUGCUCCUCUGGAGCUCCAAUGUGUUUGGGGGCCCUGGGAAAACGGGUGUGAAGUACCUUCUCUGGGAGUUGUUUACGUGCUGCCUGCACAUUAUCUGUCAGGUAAUGGUGUUGCCAGCUCUGGCAGCUGGUUUCAGUGCUGGAGGUAACAUAGCUUCAUCUUCUAAAAGUGAGGAGGAGCAGUAGGCAGAGCCUGGUGUGCAAAAAUCAGAGUGGUACACCUCAAGGUCUAAACCUGUGAAGAUCCUUAGCAUCCCUUCCUCGUAGGGAUGCUGAGAGUAACAAUCCUAAGCCAGCUCUGGAUCCUAUAGCCUCAGCCUCCUUCACUGUCAGCCACAUUCCCCACAGCCAGAGCAUCAUCUUGCUUUGAGUUCAGAGGUAUCUGUGGGACUGACUCCACCCUGUAAGAGUCAGUGCAAUGCAGCAGAAGGGUGUGUGUGCAGAAUGAUGAAGGACAUCGCUGCUGCUGGGUUUUUCCUCCAUGUUGGGACAAUGCAGCAAAGCAAGGCAGGCAAAUGCUGUGAGAGGUGCUUAGGCACAGCAGAGACCUCUCCAGCUGCCAUGUGGAACAGGCCCAGUGGUCUUCCAGAGUGGCAGCUGUCCGAACUGGAAAGACUAAUGGCUGGGGCACAGAAUUGGACAGGAACAGGAGGAUGUCAGGCACAGGGGGAUGGAGUCCUGUUCCGCUCCCCACCUCUUCCCUCCCUGUGCUUCUCCCCUGCUUUAUGGUCUUGUAAUGAGUUCUGCUCAUAUAGGUUUUUGGGGGAAGCCUUAACCUGUAAUGGUUUCUGCUCCCUCUGCUCAUCACCCCAGCAAGGCAGAGUGGUCAGGAAUACAAGUGUCAUCAAGCCCUUCUUUUGCCUGUGGUAGGGUAAGGCUGGGUGCGGGGGCUAAGCCAUUUCUCUCCCCACUGUAGCCCUCCACUCCAAACCAGUGGGUGAAGUUUGCACAAGAUGGACUGUUCUGUGGGAGGAAGAGGGCAAGGAAGGGGAACAAAGUGUCCCACCUUCCUUCCUCCUCCCUUCUUCCUUGUCCUGCUCCUUCCCCAGGGAUGAGGGCUCACGAAGUGAUGCCAGCCCUGUUGGAGGAAAGCAGAUUUAACGUUUAUUUGCAUGAUGAUUUUACUGUAUUUUUCUGAGCAAACCCUGUUGUAUAUGUGCCAGUUUGUUGGAAUUUAACCUCCUCCCCAAAGUCUCACCCAUCCUUGUCCCUGUUUUCCGUGCACCUUUCCUUCAUCCCUGAUGUGAUUUUAUGAGAGACUCCUGCCAGUUUGGGAGGGAACACAACCCCAAGAGAUCCCAACCCAAUUAGCCUCAUAAAAAGCUCCCCCUCCUCUUUUCACUGCCCCUUCCCCUUGCCCUAAAUGUGGUCUCUUAGCCGCUUUUCAGGAUUGUGUGUAUGAAGGGGGAUGUGUUGUAUACCAAAGGCCUGUUCUUUCUAGUGGUCAUCAUUUCUCCUAAUUAUUUAGAAAAAGGAGUGAGGUCCAUCGAGACAGAUCUCAUAAGAGAAAUGGUCACUACCAUCCAUCUGCUCUGGUUUCACCUUCCCCAGAUCUACAGGCAAGGCCAUUCUUGGGGAGCAAGGACUACCUCACCUGAAGAGAAGCCUCUGUCACAGUAAAAGCUUGAUUUGGAGCCUGGUGCAGUCGCUGGAAGACCUCCCACCACCUUCCUCUCAUUGAUUGCAGGAGGCUCUGGGUCAGGUCUGUCCUACUCCUCCCCUCCUGUGGGUGGCCCUGGCAGAGGGCAGGGCCUGAUGACAACUCUAAGACCUCCAUGGUGGGAAAAGGCUCAAAGAAAGCCUGAAGUCUCUAAGCCCUCUAUGGCCGGCUCACCCCUGCCUUCUCCCAGGGCAAAGUGAAUCCAUGGGGCAGAACCAGGAUCAGCCCCCUUCACAUUUUAUUUCUGGGUUGGUGACUCCCAACAGGGAAAAUCAAGGGUUUAGUUCGCCUCACUGAGAAGAGCGGAGGGUGAGGAAUGAGAAGGGAUGCUGACCUGCCCUUUCCCCCAAGAACAGGCCCAGGGGAGCUGUGCUAGAUUCCCACACCCAUGAGAAUGAACAUGAGACCCUAGGUGUGCUGUUCCCAUGGUGCAGAGCCCUUCCCCACCCCUGCGGGUGCUGCCCCAGCUCCUGCUCCAGUGCCACGUUCCCCUCGCCCGUUCCCCACUCUUCCGUGCUGAAUAAAUCCCUCCCGAGGCAGGUGUGAAAUAUUCAUGACUGACAAAUGAAGAUUUAUGUCAGGCUGAGGAGGCUGUGUGUUUGCAAUGCUAAUCACCUGCCUUCCUGGAGGAGGCUCUGCCAGGAAGGCUUGGGGGAAGGAGGGGGAGAUGCAGGAGGGAAAAAGGAGCCAAGGAAGAGAAAGAAGGGGCAGAGACAGCAGUGAGGAGGGUCUGCUGUACUGAAGGACCAAGGGAUGGGGGGCGCUAGGAGGAAACAGGGAGGGAGGGGACAGAGAAGAGGGAUAGGAUGGAAGGAACAGGGAAGAGAUGGACGCACAUGGAAGAAUAAGAAAGAAAGGACCAGUGAGAGAAAGGACUGAAUGCACAGGCGGUAUAGGAGGUGGGGAGUAAGUCAGUGCCUGAAGAGAAAGCUGGACAGACUUCAUGAUGAGCUGUGGCCCCUCUCUGUAGGGCAGAGCUCAGCGCUACAGGUCGGGCAGCUGCCACACAGGCAGGAGCUGGAGCCACGGCCCCGAAAGCACAUUUGCCAUGCUUGUUGCUGACCGGAGAGCUCGGCUGCGUCUGGAAGCACCCACGGCCUCUGGGUGAACCUGGAACUCCCCUCCUCCCCACAGCCACCACCUCCUUCGCACAAGCUGCAUUCAUGGCCACGUCCUCUUGCAGGAGCCAGCCUGCUGCUGAUGUCCACCCCUGAGCAGGAGGGAGCAUCUUCGGGGUGACUCAGUGUGGGAAAGACACUGAGCGCCACCCUCCACCGGGCGGGGGUCUCCGGGGCUGGAGGAUCCUGCCCCACCUCAGCUGCCUCCUCCCUACCCUGGUGAGGCAGGUUUUUGGGGUUUUUUUUGCCCAAAGAAGGGGCAGAGGGGGGUGUCUGUUGCCUCCCCCAUACACACACACGCACCCUGUCCCUCCAGCCACUUUGCUCUUGUGCUGUGAGGAGCUUUCUUCAUCUGCCUCCCCAUUUCUUCCCCUGCCUUGUGCUGUGGGAAGCUCUCCCUAUACCUCUCCCCAUGCAGCUCUGGCCAUGGCAGCUCUAACCCACCCCCAUUCAACCCUUCUCCUCUUUCCCCCUCUCACGAGUCCCCCUUUCGUCCGCCCCAUCCUCACGUGUUUGGCUUGGCCUUCGCCUCCCCGUUACCACCACCGCCACUGUGAGGCCUUGCUCUUCGGUGGCCUGCUCCCACCGCCUGCUCUCCCCCUGUCCCUGGGGGGAAGAAGGAGCCGGCUGGGUCAGGCAAGGUCCAACCAGGGCUGGUACCGCUGGUCCAUCCACAAGCACAGCACCUGGGGCGAGGGGGUGGGAAGGGGUGGGCAGC